AUGGCCGGCUACGCGUAUGCGCAGCAGCAGCAUCAGCAGCAGCAACCAGCCCAAAAGGGCAAGAAACGCAAGAAGGGCGCUGCUGCCGCCACCACCGACCCUGCCCCCGCCCCCCUCUCAAUGUCUUAUAAGGCGCGAAAGCGCCGGACCUUAAAGGCCCAAAAAAAGGAAGAAAAGGAGAAGGAGAAAGAGAAGGAGAAGGAGAAGGAGGAGGAGAAGGGGAAGGAGAAGGAGAGCGAGGAGGGCCUGGCCAGACUGACGCUAGAAGGGUAA